GCUCUUUGUAAUUAGCAUAUCACAACUUACUUUGCAUAUGAAUACUCCUCUAACCGAUCUCGAGAAAUUACCAACGGAGACCAUACUGUCAGAGAUUGGAAGGCUCCAGAAUUCAAACAAGCAUUUGAUACGAUCCAAUGCAGAGAUGCAAGAGUUCGAUCCAGCAUUGAACGACAGUGAUCUUAAGCAAGCUGUGAAUGAGAAUGAACAAGUCAUUUUACGGCAACAAGAGCAAAUGCAUAACUUGAUUGAACUCAUUCGACAACGACUAGGUGAUCACGCUGCUCGAGAAAUCGAAAGUACCGUAGAAGAGUACCGCAAGCAGGAUGAAGACUUGGUCAAUGGCAGCGGUGUAUUUCUAUAACAAGAUAACCUCUUUAUUCAAUCAUAGCAAGAGCUUUUAUAUAUGUAUAUAAUAAAGAAGACAGACAAGAAAAACUGUUGUUUUUUGGUAGAAAGGCUGUUUGUUGGGUGAGUAAUUACGCAGAGAUGUUGUACGCUUUGCCUACGCGAAGUAAUAAUGUUCGUAGCACCACACGAAUCUCAGGUAUCAAAUUAUCCUGUGCCAACAUAUUGACAGAUGAUUCAUAAAACUGUGGCAAGUGUCUCGAGAACUAGGAACAUUUGUGAGCAACUUUGAUGAAAAGAAAAACCAAUGGUUUGGGGAAGGACUGUAGAGAUUACUUACGUCUUGGUCUUGAAGAUUGGUGAGUCCAUGCAAAAUUGACACUACAACAGGAGUCCAUGCUGCAAUGUUUUUGGGCUUUGUCUCAUGGUCCAGCUCAGAGUACAAUGUAAAGAUCUCAUUGCAAAGCCUACAGGAUGAGGAAAUUAUGAAUAAAAAAGUCAAGAUAAACUU